AUGCCCAGCAAUCAAGUGUACAGAGAGCGUGUUACUGUAAAUAAUGGACCACACAAAUGGUGGCACCACCGUCGGUUCAAAAUAAUCGGCAUUUCCGUUAUUAUUUUAAUAGUUUUUGCUGUUAUUCUUGCUCUGGUGUUAAACUUCGUCGUUUUUGCACCGAAGAAAUCAGAAACUAGUACCACCCCCUCAACAUUAUCAUCAUCAUCACUAACAACAACAAUAUCAAUAUCAAUACCACCGUCAUCAACAACAACAACAUCACUAGUGACAUCGACCACAACUCUGCCACAAACAACAGCUACAACUACAACUCAGCAGUCAGAAUGGUCUGUUACCGGUAACAUGACUAAUGCACGCUAUGUUCACACAGCAUCUGUAUUGUCAAAUGGACUAGUAUUAAUUACUGGUGGUCAAGACAAUAGUGGUAAUAUUUUAAAUAGUGCUGAAUUGUAUGAUUCAUCAACGGGUACAUGGACAACUACUGGUAACAUGAAUAAUGGACGGGAUUCCCACACAGUUUCUGUAUUAUCAAAUGGAAAAGUAUUAGUUACCGGUGGACAAGGUAAUGAUUAUUUAAAUAGUGCUGAAUUGUAUGAUCCGUCAACAGGUACUUGGACAACUACUGGUAGCAUGACUUAUACACGAGUUUAUCACACAGCAUCUGUAUUAUCGAAUGGACUAGUAUUAGUUGCUGGCGGAUGGAAUAGUAGUACUGUUUAUAAUAGUGCUGAGCUCUAUAAUCAAUCGACAGGUACUUGGACAACUACUGGUAACAUGCAUAGUGUACGACAAGAUCACACAGCAUCUGUAUUAUCAAAUGGAAAAGUAUUAAUUACUGGUGGAGGAGUAAAUGGCAUUAGUGCUUUAAAUAGCGCUGAGCUGUAUGAUCCAUCAACGGGUACAUGGACAACUACUGGUAGCAUGGCUAAUACACGAGAUCGUCACACAGCAUCUGUAUUAUCAAAUGGGCUAGUAUUAGUUGCCGGUGGAUACGAUGGUCAUAGUGGUAAUUUAAAUAGUGCUGAGCUCUAUGACCCAUCAACCGGUACUUGGACAGCUACUGGUAGUAUGGCAAAUGCGCGGACUGCUCACAAAGCAUCUGUAUUAUCAAAUGGAAAAGUAUUAGUUGUUGGUGGAGUUGUUUUAAAUAGUGCUGAGCUGUAUGAUCCAUCAACAGGUAUUUGGGUAACUACUGGUAACAUGACUGACGCACGAUUUGAUCACACAACAUCUGUAUUAUCAAAUGCACUAGUAUUAGUUACUGGUGGAUACAAUGGUAGAAUGCCUUUAAAUAGUGCAGAAUUAUUUUCAUUAUUUCAUACAAAUUAA